GACGCGGCAAGCUCGCGUCCAGGGUUGUGCGAAACGGCGUCAGCAGAGGUCGAUGUGCGAGGGCGCCAGUUGUUACAAAACUGUUGGGUUGCAGGACGAGAGAAAUGCACGGCGAGCUUGGACGGCGGGAGCCGCACGUGACGCCGCCGAGUCGAAGGCUUUUCACUCGCUUUAUGACUAGGCAUGCCGUUCCUGCGUCCAAUUGCUCCUCGCUCCGGGCCAUAUGCGCCGUCAUAAGCAGCGCUGGUUUUUUAUGCUUCGCCAAUGACGACAGCGCGGUCGUGGCAGCACUGGGCGCAGCCCAAUCGCCGGUGAAGCCGGGCCUCUCUGUUCGCAGGCGCGCGCGGCGGCCUCCAAGCUUGCUAGAGCGGCGCUCCCAACCAUGGAAGCUCCUGAGGGCGACUCUGCCGCUGUCGCGCGCUCAAUUGAGAGCUGUCUUCGCGGUGGUGUUUCAUUCACGCCACGGCGAUUCAGGCCGCAUUAUCGAUAACGCUCCCUCUCGUGAGGGUUACGCGGCGCCCGUCAAGCCCAAAUUGCGCCCACACAGCCAUUUCCGCGCCCAGGCCCGCGCCCCGAUUCAUCGUUCCCGCCGCCCUCGCCCUCCUGUUAUCGCUGCGCGCCGUCCAGGGCCGGGUCGGAUAAGAGCAGCCUGCCACUGAGAAGGUCUUCCGAGCACGCUGCCGAGAGACGCCGGGCAGUGCGCGGCCAAGGGCCAAACCACAGAUGAAAA